AUGACUUCUAAUAAUUCAAUUGGCUCUCAUUCAACUGCUAACAGUUCAAAUAGAGAAAACGGACACUCUCAACAACAUUAUGCACAAUCAACAACUUCAACUAAUACAUCUAUAAGAAAAAAAGGUGUUAAAGAUUUUGAGUUUGGUAGAACUCUGGGUGAAGGUUCUUACUCCACUGUUGUAUUUGCAAAAGAUCGUUCAUCAGGACGCGCGUAUGCAAUAAAAAUUCUUGACAAAAAACACAUUAUCAAAGAAAAAAAAGUUAAAUAUGUCCACAUUGAGAAAAACACUUUAAAUAUAUUAAAUCAUCCUGGGAUUGUUCGUUUAUAUUAUACGUUUCAAGAUAAUAAUAAUUUCGUAUUGGAUCAUGCUAAAAAUGGCGAACUUUUAACUUUAAUAAAAAAGCUUGGAUCAUUUGAUGUUAAUUGUGCGCAAUAUUAUUCUGCUCAAAUUUUAUCAGUUGUAGAAUACAUGCAUAGUCAGGGGGUAAUUCAUAGAGAUUUAAAACCAGAAAAUAUAUUAUUAGAUGAAAAAAUGCAUAUUAAAGUUACUGAUUUUGGAACUGCAAAAUUAUUAGAGCAAAAUGAAUUUGGAACCGUUGAAGGCACGGCUGAAUAUGUAAGCCCAGAACUUUUAAAGGAAAAGGCAGCAUGCAAAAGUUCAGAUUAUUGGGCACUUGGUUGUAUCAUAUAUCAAUUAAUUGCAGGACGUCCACCAUUUAAAGGUUCAAAUGAGUACAUGACCUUUCAAAAAAUUGUCAAUCUUGAUUAUUCUUUUCCAGAAGGAUUUCCUCCUAUUGCGAAAGAUCUGGUUCAAAAACUACUGGUUACCAAUCCAAAUGAGCGACUCGGUCAUGGUGGCAAAGAUGGGGUUAAUAAACUAAAAUCACAUCCAUUCUUUAAUGAUAUAAUGUGGGAUGACUUAUGGCAGCAACCUGCUCCAAAACUAUUACCAUAUUUACCUCCUAACCCAACAAAUAAUGAAGAUGAAUUCAGAUCAGAUAGUGUCUUUUUAAGGCAAAAUAGUAAUUAUAACCGUGGUAGCAGCGUUGGUGGCAGCAGUUAUCUUGCUACUGGACUUAAACAAAGUGAUCCAUUCAGGUUAGAGAGCUUUGCAAAUGGCGAUGAUGGAUCUGAUAAAGUUGAUCCAGAAAAACUCAAAAAAUUACAAGAUCAAAAACACACUUCUGCUCAAUGGCUAAUAUAUGCUGAUCAAGAACGAAUGAAACAAAAAGGUGAAAUAUAUUGGAGUUCAAGAAUGCCUAGAAAAACUUAUUAUUUUGAAGAUCCAAAUGGAGCAGCUAGUGAAUGGCAAUCAUGA